UUACUCUUGUCAUUUAAUGUGCAAAACUCUGAGGAACAUACCCGGCAUUUACUGUGGAUUCUCUAUUGGAUACUAUACGAGUCGGAGAAGUCUUUUAAAAUACUUUCGGCAGCCACCUUAUUAUUACAAUCAAUCUUCACAAUUUGGAUUGUUGUACCAUAUUAAUAUUGUUGCUAGGACCAACCGACUGAAAACGGAUUCAGCUCAGAGGAACUUAUUGUUACAACCCAAAGAGAGUUUUAAAAAAGAGACAGAAAAGAACGAAUUGUUGAGAAAAAUGACUCUUCCAAGUGCUGCUCGCGUGUACACAGAUGUCAAUGCCCAUAAGCCGGAUGAAUAUUGGGACUAUGAGAAUUAUGUGGUUGAUUGGGGCAAUCAGGACGAUUAUCAGUUGGUCCGUAAAUUAGGCCGUGGAAAGUAUUCUGAGGUAUUCGAAGCAAUUAAUAUUACGACCACAGAAAAGUGCGUGGUUAAAAUUCUAAAACCUGUUAAAAAGAAGAAGAUAAAGCGUGAAAUCAAAAUUUUGGAGAACUUGCGUGGAGGAACUAAUAUAAUAACACUCUUAGCCGUUGUCAAGGAUCCAGUAUCUCGUACACCAGCGUUGAUUUUUGAGCACGUCAACAACACAGAUUUCAAGCAACUUUACCAAACAUUAACUGAUUAUGAGAUUCGUUAUUACUUGUUUGAGCUUCUUAAGGCACUUGACUACUGCCACAGCAUGGGAAUAAUGCAUCGUGAUGUAAAGCCCCACAAUGUUAUGAUCGAUCACGAAAAUCGAAAAUUGCGCCUUAUAGAUUGGGGGCUUGCCGAAUUUUAUCAUCCUGGUCAAGAAUAUAAUGUUCGCGUGGCGUCCAGAUACUUUAAAGGCCCCGAAUUACUGGUAGAUUACCAGAUGUAUGAUUACUCACUGGAUAUGUGGUCAUUGGGUUGCAUGUUGGCGUCAAUGAUAUUCCGAAAAGAGCCAUUUUUCCAUGGUCAUGACAACUAUGAUCAAUUGGUACGCAUUGCAAAGGUGCUGGGCACCGAAGAACUCUACGCAUAUUUGGAUAAAUACAAUAUUGACCUCGAUCCAAGAUUUCACGAUAUUCUACAGCGUCACUCACGAAAGCGAUGGGAAAGAUUUGUCCAUUCUGACAACCAACAUUUAGUUUCUCCUGAAGCUCUAGACUUUCUUGAUAAACUCUUGCGCUAUGAUCACGUUGACCGACUCACAGCUCGCGAAGCAAUGGCCCAUCCAUAUUUUUUACCUAUUGUCAAUGGACAAAUGAAUCCCAAUAAUCAGCAAUAAGAAGUUUUUUCAUUAUGGUAAAUACUGUAAUUCGAGUUUGGGAUAGCAGCCAUUUAACAAUAUGAUAAUUAUGCAAAAAAAAAAUAAAAUUCGAAGAAAAAUGAAAUAAAUUAAGCUACUGUCUUAAAAA